AUGAACAGUAACACUCCCAGCGAGAAGGGAGACAUGUACGAAACACACGAAGUGUUCAAGGACUCGGCCGAUGGAGUCAAUUUCCGAACAGUUAGCUGGCAACGCGCCACCAUCAUCUUCCUCAAGAUCCAGUUUGCCAUGAGCAUCCUGAGUGUUCCUGGAUCUCUUGCAACACUUGGCGCAGUCGGAGGAGCCCUUUCCAUUGUCGGGUGGGAGGUUUUGAACACUUACACCGCCAUUAUCCUGGGAGACUUUCGCAACCGCCACCCCGAAUGUCAUACUCUGGCCGACAUGUGCGGACUCCUCUGGGGCCGAGUCGGCAAGGAACUCGUGGGCCUCCAAAUCUUGAUUGCCCAAGUCCUCAUUACGGCCGCUGGAAUCGUCUCUUGCUCUACUGCCUUCAAUGCACUUUCUGAACAUGGUGCCUGCACGGUCGUCUUCAGCUUCGUUUCCGCCGUGCUCAUCACUGGAUUCUCAUCCGUCAGAACCUUCUCCCGCCUCGGAUGGCUGACUUGGUUCGGCUUCGCGACCUUCUUCAUCGCUGUUUUUAUCUUUGUUGUUGCCGUCACGCAACAAGACCGUCCUGCGGCAGCCCCUCAGACAGGAGACUACGAGCUUGGAUGGGUCGCUAUUGCGUCUCCCAGCUUCACGGUCGGAAUUACCGCCAGUGCCAACAUCUUCAUCAGCGGAAGCGGCUCGUCUAUGUAUCUGCCUGUCAUCUCCGAGAUGCGACGCCCGCAGGAUUACCGCAAGGCUGCCCUUGUCACUGGAGUUCUGGUUGGCUCCAUGUACUUGACCUUCUCUCUCGUCAUCUACCGCUGGUGCGGUGUUUGGCUCACUACGCCAGCAUUUGGCAGCGCCGGUACCCUGUUCAAGAAGAUCUCAUAUGGAGUCGCCCUGCCCGGUUUGAUUAUUGGUGUUGGUAUCUAUCAGCAUGUUGCCGCCAAGUACAUGUUUGUGCGCAUCCUACGCCACUCCCGCCACCUGCAGGAGAACACGACCACGCAUUGGGCCACAUGGUUGGGUUCUAACCUCCUCCUCGGAAUUCUUGGAUUUAUCAUUGCAGAAGCGGUCCCGAUUCUCAACUACCUCCUCGGCCUUGCCGGAUCACUUUGCUUUGCCCCUUUCAGUUUGAUCUUCCCCGCUAUGCUGUGGAUGUAUGAUUUCAAAUCGUAUAGAACUGGAUCAGGCCGUGAGAAGGCCAUCUAUGGGUUUCAUAUCUUCAUUGUUUCGAUUGGACUCUUCAUGGUUAUCGCCGGAACUUAUGGUGUAGGUGUUUCUAUCAAAGACGCUUAUGCAUCUGGCAUGAUCACAAAGGUUUUCAACUGCGCCGAUAACUCGGGAACCAUCUCGUGA